AUGCAUAAUGAAAUCUUCAUCUCCGGUAGCUUGGUCGGCGGCGGUCUGGAGCUUGGGCUCAAGGAGAGGAUUGCCAGGAGGGGGAGGGAGAGGAGGGGUCUCGCCGGGGUGGUCGGGUUCGGUGGGGGGGAGGGCAUGGGGGCGGCGGAGGAUUACGUCAAGGACGCGCUAGGGGGGGACCCAUGCGUCAUUGAGGACUCGGCGGAUGUUGCCGACAAACGAAUGCCACUUAAUCGCAGAUUUGUCAGCUGCAAGCUGCAGUUUGUCAAUGGAGGAAGUAUCGAUAGAAGGAGGGAGGGGGGAGAGGGAGGGCAUGGGGUUAGCCAUGAGGGACGGCUGCGGGUGGACCCGCAGUGGUCACGGAAGCGCGCAGGCGGCGGCAGCUGGCGGGGCUGCUGUGGCGUAGGCCGCGGCGAGCGCAGGCGCGGAGGCGGCGACGAGGCCGCGGAGCGGCGCAAGGUGGCGUCGGCUGGUGAGGCCGCGGCGGACGCAGGCGCAGAGGCGGCGACGAGGCCGCGGAGGGGAGCGGCGCGGGCGGCGGCGGCUGGCGAGGCCGCGGUGACGCGGGCGCGGAGGCGGCUACGAGGCCGCGGAGGGGGGAAUGGCGCGGUCGACGGUGGCUGGCGAGGUCGCGGCGACGGCAGGCGCGGAGGCGGCUACGAGGCCACGGAGCGGUGCGAGGUGGCGGCGGCUUACGAGGCCACAGCGAGCGCAGACGCAGAGGUGGCAACAAGGCCGUGA